UCAAAAGACCUCAAUACAAGUUAAGUGAACUUUAAAAUUAAGUUUGUAUUAAAUCUUUUUAAAAUAAGAUUAUCUUUUCAUCCUUGUUAGGAACCUGAGAAAUCCACCUGUGCUUUGGCAGCCUUUAAAACUGAUGCUCUGACAGUCUGAUGUAAAAACAACUGCAGGCGCAGAGAGGCGCAGAUAAUGGAAGGCUUGUUUCGUCUACUGGAAAACUCUGUCACGGUAGUCACCUAAUAAAGUGUUGCCUAUUUUAAUUUCGUCAAAUGGAUCUUUCAGCGCACAAAGGGCAACAUUUUAGAUUUGUCCCCUCUGACUCUCAGAUUUAGGAGGAGUUUGCAGCAGCUCCUAUAAGACUUUUACUAUUUUUCUUUCCCUUUUUUUAAAUCCAAAGCUCAAAGUCUGAUCGGGCGAGCAACGGAUCAACAAUUACACCAGGACCUGUUUGGGGGCAACUUUUUUUUCUCCUCUCCUUGUGCAAAGUCCGUUGGAGUGAACUCAGUCUGGGAAAUGAGCCAAAUCCGUCGACACUUAUCUUGUGGCAACUUUUCGCCUCCCGGGGUCAGGAAAACGGAGCCGGGCGACGAGGCGAGACCUCUGAACAUCAUGGCGCAAAGAGCUGAAGAAGAUGAAAGUUCGGUCCGCUUCACCAAAAGCUGGACAGGAAGUGGUGUCUGCAGACUCAAAGGGUCAGACCGUGAAGCGACUGUCGGACUGGGCUGUGACACGAUGGAGCCACGCUGCUGUCAGGCAGCUGCUGCUCCGCGGGAGGAGCUGUUCGACUGCCGAGUGGGCGACGCUCGCUCCGUCUCCGCCUGCGCCACCAUCUCAGAGACAGCCCGGGAGCUGUGCAGAGCCGUGUCCGUGUCGCUGGGUCUCACCCUGAUGGAGCCGAGCGACGUGGACGCCGCCGCCGCCGCGCUGCCGGCGUGCGUCGCUGCGGGUGACCAGCUGAGCGGAGGGGACUAUUUUUUCACCGCUGACGCGUCCGGUAGUCUGAGCUGUCCCGAAGCUCAGAUGCCGGCUGUCGGCGAGUACCGGUGUCCCGAGAGGGACAAACAACCGGUGGACAUGUUUAAAAGUUCGGAGGUUUCGACCUCCUCCGGCCGCACAUCGUUGUCUGCGAGUGGGCAAAACUUUCCACCGUGCGAGGCUGAGGACUCGGUCCGCGUCUCCUCCUCCUCCUCCUCCUCCUGUCACUUCGCCCCCGACAGCCUGGUUCACUUCGGCCACCCCGCCACCGAGAGACCGUGCCGGGUUUACCACAACCCCCACGACGGAGCUCGGGAGGUCGCGGAGGACGAGCCGGCUGGAUACCACGCAGCGGAGGAGUACAGCGUCCGGGUCAAGUGUGAGGGGAGCGAGGCGUCCGGAGCGGCGUGGGCCGGUAAUUACACCUUCAGCAAGCGGUACAACACGCAGUUCUGGGGCUCCAGGCAGUGCAUGAACGAGUCUGCAGCGGGCACGGCGUUCAUAUGUAACCCGUACGAGGGCAGCGUGGUCCGGCCGGAGCGAUGGUACCCCGGCGGGAUGCUGAGGAGCCCCCAUCAACCCCACCACCCCCAUCACAACCCCGGAGACGUGAAGAGCGAAGUGGGGGACUGGCUGGACGUGGUCUACAACGACUCAAGGUUUGAGGCAAGUCGAGAGCACAUGUUUCCCAUGGAGUUCUUCUUCCCUCCCCAGAGAACGUGUCUGAUUUGCUCGGACGAGGCAUCUGGCUGUCAUUAUGGUGCGCUCACAUGUGGCAGCUGCAAGGUUUUCUUCAAAAGAGCUGCCGAAGGAAAACAGAAAUACCUGUGUGCGAGCAAAAACGACUGCACCAUUGAUAAGUUAAGAAGAAAGAACUGCCCCUCUUGCCGGCUGAAGAAGUGCUUUGAAGCUGGAAUGACUCUUGGAGCACGCAAACUAAAGAAGAUCGGACAACAGAAAAACCCAGAGGAGGAUCAUUCAGUUCAGGAUCCAGCUGAAGUUCCCCACAACAUUUCUCUGAAGGCAGGUCCGAACUUCAACUCCCAGCUGUUUUUCCUCAACAUCCUCGAGUCCAUCGAGCCCGAGGUGGUGAAUGCAGGACACGACUGCGGCCAACCAGACUCGGCUGUCAGCUUGCUCACCAGCCUGAAUGAGCUGGGAGAGAGACAACUGGUCAAAGUGGUCAAAUGGGCAAAGGGAUUGCCAGGUUUUAGAAACCUCCAUGUGGAUGACCAGAUGACCAUCAUCCAACAGUCAUGGAUGGGGGUGAUGGUGUUUGCGUUGAUAUGGAGGUCCUAUAAGAACGUUAACGGCAGGAUGCUUUACUUUGCCCCGGACCUCGUCUUUAAUGAGCAUCGGAUGCACGUCUCCACCAUGUAUGAGCACUGCAUGCGGAUGAGACAUCUGUCCCAGGAGUUUGUGCUGCUGCAGAUCACUCAGGAGGAGUUCCUCUGCAUGAAGGCCCUGCUGCUCUUCAGCAUCAUUCCCGUCGAGGGCUUGAAAAGCCAGAAGUACUUCGACGAACUUCGCCUCACCUACAUCAAYGAACUGGAUCGUCUGAUUAAUUAUCAAAUGAUGACAAACUGUCCUCAGAGGUUCUACCAGCUCACCCGGAUCCUGGACUCUCUGCAGAUGACAGUAAAGAAGCUCCACCAGUUUACGUUUGACCUCUUCGUCCAGGCUCAGUCUCUUCACCCGAAGGUCAGCUUUCCAGAGAUGAUCGGAGAAAUCAUCUCAGUCCACGUCCCAAAGAUCCUGGCAGGUUUGGCCAAACCCAUCUUGUUCCACAAGUAGAAGGACUUCUUCCUUUUUAUCCCCAUCAGAACAUGUAGAAAAUGCUGCCUUGAUGAACUUUAAACAAAAAGGCUGGAAACUGUUUCUMCACCUCUCCAGCUCAGUCCUGUUUUUACUUAAUUGUACUUUGUUUUGGUUAGUUUUUUCCCACCUUUUACUCAUAAGUGUGCUCAUUAUGUUAAGAGCUGUGAGGUCUAAUCUGGAGACAGCUCGCCAGUUUCAGAAGGAAACAGAACUCAGUUUUUAAAUCAGGAUGAAGUUCCAGGGUUAAAAUCGUGGUUUUCACAAAAAAGAAAAGAAAAAAA